UGGGCGGUGAGAGCGGCGGGGCAGGGCCGGGCCGGGCGCGGCUCCCCGGGCGUCCCGCGUUCUCUGCCCGAUCUCUGCCGGGCCGCCCCUUCCCUGCCCUGGGGAGCUGCGGUGUCUCCGUGCCCGGCCGAGCGCCUGCCCUGACCUGAGCCGGGGCUGUGGGUCGGAGGCUGAGGAGCCCCCGGCGGGCUAAGCAGGUAAAGCCGGGCCCGGGAAAUUUUACAAGGGGAUAAGGUGAGAAGCAGAGCAGUGGAAACAUGGCCCUGCAAGAGAGAGGAACGAGCAGCAGCCCCAGCAAUGACAAGCAGGAACAGAACUAUAAUCGUGUGAUUACAAUUGUCUUCCUGGCCCUCUUCAUUGACUUGUUGGGAUUUGCCCUCAUCUUGCCACUCUUUCCUUCCAUCCUUGAUUAUUACAGCCAGACUGAGGAUGGAUUCUAUUUGUCAUUGCAACGUGGGGUGGACUGGUUUGCAGUGAUGGCUGGGAUACCUCCAGAGAGGAAAUACAACAGUGUCUUGUUUGGAGGUCUGAUUGGCUCAAUCUUUUCCCUCCUGCAGUUUUUCUCCUCUCCCCUCACUGGUGCUGUGUCAGACCACUGGGGCAGAAGGCCUGUCAUCCUGGUGACAGUGAUGGGUUUGAUAGCAUCAUACUCACUCUGGGCUGCCUCUCGGACUUUUGGCGUUUUUCUUCUCUCCAGGAUCAUAGGUGGGAUAAGCAAAGGGAAUGUCAGCCUCUCCACAGCUAUCAUUGCUGACUUGCACUCUGCAAAAGCACGGAGCAAGGGCAUGGCCAUGAUUGGUGUUGCUUUCUCCCUGGGCUUCACCCUGGGCCCCAUGAUGGGUGCUUACCUCACCAUGCAGACAGAGAAGGGAGAAGUCUUCUACCUUCGCUCAGCCUUGUCAGCACUCGUGUUUUCUGUGGCUGAUUUCAUUUUCAUCUUCCUCCUUCUUCCAGAGACACUUCCCAAGGAAAAACGGGUCCCUUCUGUGGCAUCUGGAUUUCAGGCAGCAGUUGACUUGCUCAGUCCUUUGGCUUUGUUUCAGUUCUCUGCAGUCACCCGAGGAAAGGAAUCCCCUUCAGAGCAGAAUCUUCAGAAUCUCAAAAUUUUGGGCCUGGCCUACUUCCUGUACCUCUUCCUGUUUUCUGGCUUGGAGUAUACACUGAGUUUUCUCACUCACCAGAGAUUCCACUUCAGCAGCAUGCAGCAGGGCAAGAUGUUUUUCUUUAUUGGAAUAACAAUGGCUGUGAUCCAGGGAGGCUAUGCUCGCCGAAUCAAGCCAGGAAAUGAAAUCAGAGCUGUAAAAAGGGCUAUUAUGUUGCUGAUUCCAGCGUUCUUGUUAAUUGGAUGGGCUGCAAAUGUGACCAUGCUGAGUGCCGGACUGUUGCUGUACUCCUUCGCUGCAGCCAUUGUUAUCCCGUGUUUGUCAGCAGUGGUGUCAGGCUAUGUGUCACACUCUGCUUGCACAGGCACUGCCGGCCAGAAGGGACGAGUCAUGGGCAUCCUGAGGAGCCUGGGCGCCCUGGCCAGAGCCCUGGGCCCCAUCCUGGCAGCUGCAGUUUACUGGCUGGCUGGGGCAGAGGUUUGCUUCACUAUCUGUGGAGCUUUUUUCCUUGUCCCCUUGGCUCUACUCAGGUCUAUAAAACAGACAAAGGAGGAGUAGGAAGGAACCACAAAACCAUCACCAGCUUCCAAGGACCUCUGCAAGACCUGACUCUUGGCACCUGACUCUGCUGAGCAAAUAGGAAGAUUUUGAUCUUCUGGAAGGAGAUACACGAUGAUGAACAUUUGCAGCAACAUACAGCAGUUUUGUUUAAGGUGGCCUCCCAGCCAGCUGGGUUAGCUUUGCAAAUAGAAAAACACCAAACAAACAAAAACAGACACACACACCCCCUUACCAAGAGCUGAGUAAGGCACGAAGAGCAGCAGAGAAGCAGAGACAGCACAACAGCAGCAGGCCUGGAGCCCUCCCCACUCAGCAGGUGCUGUUGCACACAGGGCUCUGCUCCUCACCCCGAGCCUCUGCAGGGGCUGGGCUGCCACAGAACAAACCCUCAGGACCAUUCUGAUGGCGUUUUUGUACAAGUGGUACAAGAGCGCUGCAAUUGCUGCAUCCACACCUGCAAACGUGAUGGUCAAACAAAAACAGAGGCCCACUACAGGCUGCCUGGUACCCCACUGGUACUUUGGCACAGGUGGACUGUUUUUAAUAUACAAAUAAAUUUGGAGACCUGUUUUAUAUUUCUAAUACUGUGGGAUGUUUUUGAUGACCAAGCCCUGUUCUUUUUGCAUUACAAUAAAGGGUUACAUUGAA